GAUGUAUUUCCUGUUCCGGGUCGUCACUUCCGUAGUCUCCCAAGAUGGCGGGGCGUGUGGUGCUGUCUGCAUGCAGAUCUGCCGUGUUCAGCCGCCUCCCGGCUCGCAGUCUGCGCAUUGCGACAUGGCCCAGCCCUGCCACCCGCUUCUGCCCCCUGCUGUACAGAAACUACGCUGCGGAAGCCAAAAAGACCUACUCUCGGGAGAAGCCCCAUGUCAACAUCGGAACCAUAGGCCACGUAGAUCACGGCAAGACCACGCUGACGGCCGCCAUUACCAAGAUCCUGGCAGAGGCCGGAGGGGCCCAGUUUAAGAAAUAUGAGGAAAUUGACAACGCCCCAGAAGAGAAGGCGCGAGGUAUCACCAUUAAUGCGUCACAUGUAGAGUACACCACCUCCAACCGCCACUACGCGCACACAGACUGCCCGGGGCACGCUGACUACGUGAAGAACAUGAUCACAGGAACCUCCCAGAUGGACGGGUGCAUCCUGGUCGUAGCUGCCACCGACGGGCAGAUGCCGCAGACGCGGGAACACUUGCUGCUGGCUAAACAGAUUGGGGUGAAGCACAUUGUCGUCUACAUUAACAAGGCCGACGCCGUGGAUGACAAGGAGAUGCUGGACCUGGUGGAGCUGGAGAUCCGAGAGCUGCUGACAGAGUUUGGGUACGAUGGCGAGAACACCCCCGUUGUGGUGGGAUCGGCUUUGUGUGCCCUCGAGAACCGCAGCAAGGAGAUCGGCUUGGACUCCAUCAUGAAGCUCCUGGACGCCGUCGACAGCUACAUCCCCAUCCCUGAGCGGGACCUGGACAAGCCGUUCCUGCUGCCGGUGGAGUCCGUCUACUCUAUUCCAGGCCGAGGCACCGUGGUGAGCGGGACGCUGGAGCGAGGCACCAUCAAGAAGGGAGACGAAUGCGAGUUUGUUGGGCGCAGUAAGCACCUGAAGUCGGUUGUAACAGGCAUUGAGAUGUUCCAUAAGAGCCUGGACCGGGCGGAGGCUGGCGAUAACCUUGGAGCUCUGGUCAGAGGCCUAAAGAGAGAAGAUGUCCGGCGAGGAAUGGUGAUGUGCAAACCAGGCUCCAUCAAACCCCACCAGAAGGUCAUGGCUCAGGUCUACAUCCUCAGCAAGGAGGAAGGGGGGCGCCACAAGCCUUUUGUCAGCAACUUUCUGCCCGUGAUGUUCUCCCUGACGUGGGACAUGUCUGUUCGCAUCACGCUGCCAGAUGGCAAGGAGAUGGUAAUGCCCGGGGAAGACUCCGGCCUAAUUAUGACCCUGCGACAGCCCAUGGUGCUGGAGAAAGGACAGCGCUUCACCCUGCGAGAUGGGAACCGGACCAUCGGCACCGGAAUCGUCACCGACAUCUUGGAGAUGACCAAACAGGAUGAGGAAGGCUGGGUGUCCUGAAGACCCUCACUACGAACUUGUAUCGAGGGGGGGGGGAAUUCCUAUUGAGACGACGUAUGAACCAAACAGCAGCAGAGUAGCACUUAAGCCCCCCCCUCCCCCCGCAGCCUCCUCUGUAAAAUACGCCCCUCUGUCGAUAAAGUUCAGCCCCCGGCGCCUGGGACGAUGCCGCAGGGGGAUCUCUGGUUCAGUUUGUGGUCUCCCCCCAGUCAGGCUCCCAUUCUUUGCCAUUGGGAAAUGAUAUGGAAUAAUAAUGGUAAUAUCACGUCACACCCCCACCCCCCCCAGGAUGCAGUGAGCGGCGGGCAGACGUGAUCUGUACAUUAUUCUCUCCCUACAUUUUGUUUGCUUCAUUAUUAUUAUUUUCUAAUAAAUAUUUCUGGAC